AUGGGCGGUUACGUCUCGAAGUUCGCAUCGCUGAUUUGGUCGAAGAAGGAAAUUCGGAUACUGAUUUUGGGACUGAUCGGAGAAGUUGUCACAACUAUACCUACGAUAGGCUUUAAUGUCGAAUCCGUCACAUACAAGAAUCUCAAUUUCAAUGUUUGGGAUCUCGGCGGACAAACGUCGAUUCGUCCUUAUUGGCGGUGCUACUAUGCCAACACAGCCGCCGUUAUCUUCGUUAUUGACUCCACCGAUAUCGACCGUCUAUCUACAGCUUCAGAAGAACUGGCUGCCAUGCUCAACGAAGAGGAGCUACGGGACGCAGCGCUUUUGGUAUUCGCCAACAAGCAGGACCAGCCGGGGGCUAAGGGGGCUGGUGAAAUCAGCGAAGCGCUGCGGUUAGGAGAGCUCAAAGAUCGGAACUGGAGUAUAGUCGCCUGCUCUGCUGUCGAUGGUAGGGGUGUUGACGAAGGGAUGGACUGGCUUGUAGUAAGUGCAUGUUGA